AUGAGCCUGACGACGAUCAGGCACUACACCAACAAGUUCAAUCCUGAAGAGCACACUUUAGAGCUCAGGCGGAAGCUUGUGGACCAUGGACUAUCGCCUCCUCCUAAGAAAAUGGAAUGAUGGAGAGAGCAUAGUCAAGAGGAUCAUUGACGUAGGUUUCUUUUUAAAAACGAAGAACUUGCGACAAUCUUGGGGACUUCUAAACGGACUAUUGAGCGAAUUGCUGCAGAGAAUACUGAGAGUGAAUCUGACGAAGCGGCUGGAAGAGAAGAGGCACUAUCCAGAUCUCCCCUAAAGCAUUGAAGUGAUGAAGACUUUGCUGAGGUCAUUAAGGAAUGUGAGAAGGAUACAGGCUUUGUCAGCAAGGCAAGUUUGAGGGCCCAAUUCAAAAGAAAGACAGUUGACAUCAGCGAAGAACAGCUAGGAAAAGAGCUGAAGAAGAGGGGAUAUGUCUAUAGGAAGAAGAGGGUUGUUCUACAGCUAACUGAAGCUCAUAAAGAGCAGAGAAUGUCCUGGGCUAGGUCUUUGAUUGACUCAGAUAUCGCUUCAUGGAUCUUGAUGAGUGCUAUGUGCAUCUCUUUCGUAACUCUAAUUUGUCGUGGUGCAAAGAAGGGAUAA